ACAACAUGGCUUCAGUGUAGUCUAACUAUUUUCUCAAAGCUCAACAUAUAAGGUUAGUUGAAUACAUUUGAAGUAUUGGGUUUCCGCUAGGAACGAGACCACGGUUUUAGCUUAAGAGAUAAUUAUCAGAUAGCUUCAGUUCUAAAACUGUAAUUUAAUAUCAUUUCAAACUGCAUAGGAACGACAAGUUUACCUCACUCCGUACCGAUUGGAUAGCUUACAAGGCAAAUCUUAUCCAAAUUUGGAAAACAAAUUAAGUGCAAUAUAAGAGGUCAGUUGGUAUACCUGAGGCAUGAUUUCAUCGACACAUCUGAUUAGCAGAUUAUGUAAAUAAGCUGUUUACCUGAGGAGUGAUUUCAUUAACACAUCUGAUUAGCAGAUAAUGUAAAUGAGCUUAUGGAAUCUGUGAAAACACCACACAUUCUUCCAAAUAUUAACAGAGAAGAUUUCACUAGGUCUCACACGCAGGUAUUCAAGCAGACGAUUGACAAUCCACGUGAUCAUGACCUCAAACGAAGACAAACUUUGUGGUCGUUUCAAAAUAGGAAUCGCGGUGUUCAAAGAAAUUUAAAAGGACAAGAUAUUAAUGAAUCUUUAAGUGAUGCCGAUUUAGAUGAAACUAAUACUACCGAAGACGAAAACAAGGGAAAAUCUCAAAAACGAAUAAACUUUCCAAGACUCAAACAGAGAGUAAAAGAGGCUUUCGCGUCGCCCGUUUCAGAUGAAACAAGCAAUGUAAAAAGGGAGUAUUCUUCCGCAUUACGAAUAGGCACCAAUUUGUAUGAACAGCUGAGGAUAAAACAAAAGUUAGAUAAAAGAAACAGUUUUCCAAAAGAUAGGCCUUUAUUAAAAUCCGUCGAUAAAUUUCCAGAAGUGACUUCAUCUCUAACAAAAUUAAGCUACCUAAAGGCAGCAAAAAAUGUAGUUCACUAUGGCGGAGGAUUCUUUGGACGGAGCAGUUAUGCAGACAGGAGAUACAUGGACUUCCGUCGUUCACAGACAAUGCUUAGUCCAUCAGAGUCAAAAACAGGGAACAGCGAACCUCAUUUGGUUAAGAAACCUAUUUAUGGAUCCUUAAAACAAUUAAAUUUGGAUGAUAAAAAGAGGUUUAAGUGCAAGACAGACAUUGAAUCAUGUGAGGUACUGAAAGUUAGUUCACAUGAAAUUAGCGAAAGAGGCUUGGAAGAACAUCGGACGUGUCAUCAUUCGACACAAAAAAGAAAGUUUGAGAAGGAAAAUGAAAAUAAGUCCAAAAAAUCAAAAGAAGAUAUCAUAGAAAUUGAACUUUUGUCAGAAAAAUAUUCGAUAGAUUUUAGUAAGACUUACUUAGAAGAUCUUCAACAAAAACCUGUAGAUGUAAGUAUGGAAGAGGACGUCAUUCGGAACGAAGCAUGGCAAAAAGAUAUUGAUUUGAUCGUUGCCAGACACGAUGUAGAAACGCUAAACGGACGAAAGACUACGAAAGGAAAUAUAAUGCUUACCAAAGCAUCUCAAACAGGAAAAUCGGAUACAUCCGACGGACGGCCCGAAUCGAACGUCAGUUUAGAUAUGCCCGAAGACCAGUUUGGUCCGUCUUCAUAUAAGCCUGAUGAAGGCACACAUAGGCUGUUAAAUGCGGCGUAUUGUAUAAAUCCAUACAAAUGGACAUCGAGGUCAUCUCUUACUGCGGGUGAUAGGACAUGGGUUGAAAAAGCCAUGGAAAGAACGGACAUAAUUGACACGACCAUUUAUGACGGCUUUGCGCGUAAGAAGUCCAAAUCCAUGAUAAAAAAUAGUGACCAUUUAGGAAAAGAAAAAUCCACAGUUUCUUCGAAACCACCUUAACAAUUUUGUGUGGAUGUUUUUCUUGUGCAAUGUAUUAACAUUUUGUUACAUAUUGGAUAAUAUAUUUAUUGUGAUAUGUUGUAACUAUAUAUAAUUUUAAAAAUAA